ACAACCAAAUGUGCAACUUCAAGGACAACAGCUAGUGAACCAACCAGGACAACAACCAAAUGUACAACNAAGGACAACGGCUAGUGAACCAACCAGGACAACAACCAAAUGUACAACUUCAAGAAGGACAACGGCUAGUGAACCAACCAGGACAACAACCAAAUGCGCAACUUCAAGAAGGACAACAGCUAGUGAACCAACCAGGACAACAACCAAAUGUACAACUUCAAGAUCAACAGCUGGUGAACCAACCAGGACAACAACCAAAUGUACAACUUCAAGAAGGACAACAGCUAGUGAACCAACCAGGACAACAACCAAAUGUGCAACUUCAAGAAGGACAGCAGUUCGUUCACCAGCCAGCUCAGAAAGCAGCAAGUCAGCAGCAGCAACUAGAAGUGUCGCAAGGACAAAGAAGACAGAAAUUUAGCCAGCAGUUUGGACAGCAGAUGCCUCAGACUGGCGGCCUGGGAGGAGCACCAAAAUCAGCCACAAAUGCUGAACAAGUACUUAUCAUAGCAGAUAGUCAGUAUCCACUACCAGACCUGCCAGCUGUCCCAAGCUCUAUUCCUAAUUGGGUUCCAGUUGAAAACUACAUAUUUACAGCUACACAGAAAGAAAUGCCUAUAAACUCACGUUACCUUCCCACCAUUGCCAAUGGUCACGUAGGGACAGUGGUGUACAGUGACGCCAUCUACAUGAAUGGGUUAUACAAUGGCCGCCUGACGUCAAGUCACAGAGCAAGGAUUCCCUCCUCGUGUUCAGUUAACAUCACUGCUGUGGAGCCAUCACAGGGUCCCCUGGUCAGGUUAUAUGCACUGAAUGUGGCAGAAGGUGUUUUCACCCAAACAAUCCGAGGCCAGGGCUAUAACAUCACCCAGAAGCUGUACGCUCACAGGGCUGUCCCCCAGCUACUGGUGGUAGAGGUGGAGGUCCAGAGAGAUGGCACCACAGGGCCAAACAAAAUCUCCCUUAAUCUAAACUCUGGGGCCAGCAGCACUGAUAUUAGCUAUAAAGAUGGGGAUUCUGGAUUAGCUGGUGUGAAAUACAUCUAUGGCCAGAUUAAGGAGACGGAGCUCCCCGCUUUGACACCCACUGAGUCCCAUGUGUUCUACACAGAGGUUCCCCGUGAACUGGUGGUGCCCCCUAUGGUCAAGAAGAUGAAGUGGGUGUCCAUCACUUCUGCCAGCUACAGCAAGAAAGAUGCAGAAGAUGGGUUUCAGCUGGGUAUGGCUCUGGCCAAGAAAAACCAGCUGUACAGCAACCAUGUGACAGCGUGGAAUGAGGUGUGGAAGAAAGGAAGGAUAGAUGUCUCAGACAACAAAGGUCUGGCCAGGUCUGUCUAUGGCUGCCUGUACUACAUCCUCAGCUCCUUGCCUCUGAAGGAAGACACUAACUGGCCUUUUAUAGGACUGAGUCCAGGAGAUCUGGCACACGGCGCGUAUAAGAAGGACUAUGAAGGCCAUGUGUUCUGGGACCAGGAGACCUGGAUGUACCCUCCUAUACAGAUGUUCUUCUCUGACCUGGCUAAGAUCAUGUUAAAGACCAGGACUAGGACUCUAGACGCAGCCAGGCACAACGCCAUACAGAAACAUCUGAAAGGAGCCAAGUAUCCGUGGGAGAGUGCCUUCACAGGUGCAGAGACCAGCCCCAGCAAUGACACAGCCACAUACGAGAUCCACAUUAACGGAGACAUUUCUCUUGCUGUCCGCCAAUAUCUGUACUCCACUUGGGAUGCUGAUUUCCUGAAGAAUGAGAAAGGCUUUGAUAUGGUACUCGGUAUUGCUGAUUUCUGGGAGUCACGGUCCGUUGUUGGAAAGGGAGGAAAACUGGAAAUACACAGUGUGGAUGGCCCUGAUGAAUACCACUUCAAUGUGAACAACUCAGUGUACACUAACUAUGUAGCCAAGAUCAGCCUAUUACUGCCAGCCUAUGCUGGGAAACUGACCGGGGUUAAGGUGGACCCCAAAUAUCAGAAGAUGGCAGACAACAUGUAUAUACCCUAUGACAAGAAAUUGGAUUACCACCCGGAGUAUGAUGGGUUUACAUUGGGUACUCAAGUGAAGCAAGCAGAUGUGAUCUUGCUGGGUUAUCCUCUGAUGAUGAACAUGUCUACAAGUACCAGGAGAAAUGAUUUGGCGUUUUAUGAAAAGUUGACGGAUAUCAAAGGUCCCACAAUGACCUGGGGGCAGUUUGCUAUCAACUGGCUGGAAUUGAAAGCUGUUUCUAAGGCAAAUAGAUUCCUGAAGAAAAAGUUUGCGAAUAUAGUACAGCCAUUCCAGCUGUGGACAGAGAACAGUGAUGGUUCGGGUGCUGUAAACUUCAUCACAGGAAUGGGAGACAUGCUACAGUGCGUACUGUUUGGAUACGGGGGAGUCCGUCUCAAAGAAGAUCGACUUGACCUUGACCCUGUUCUUCCCCUGAACUCCAAAUCUAUGAACAUCACUGGGAUGGAUUACCUCGGCUCUUCGCUGGACCUGACCAUCAACGAGAAACAGAUGGCAGUGACGCUAACCCACCAAGAAACUAACUCACCUCCACUGACUUUAAAAACAUACGAAAAGCAGGUGUCGUAUCCGUUAAAGCUGAACUCACCUGUGAAGAUUUCCCCACAGAAGGUGGCAGUGGUAGCCACCAGUUAGCCUGCUUGCCAUCUCCACACCUGAAGAAAAAAUGCUCAUUGGUGCCUGGUCCUGCUUCGACAAUAGUGGGAUAAUUGUUGCCUUAAUUUAGAACAUCUUUUACUUGGACAAAUUUACCUUAAGUGACUUCAGUAAAGUUUCAACUGUCUUUAUUGGAUAUAGUAAAUUUUUAUAAAAUUUGUUUUUAAGAAUAUGUUACAGUAGCAAGACAAUACUGUUAAAUAAGUCUUUAAUGAUUGUAUAAUGGGUGAGGUCUCCUAGAUACUUAUUAAGUAAGUGAUGUUAUUUCUGUUAAAGGUAUAUAUAAUAGGGGAUAUCUUUAUGGAUGAGUAAAGAAAUGGGUGGAUUCAGUCAAGUAAUAUUCUAGUUAAUGUGGGUUAGUAUAUCCAAGAAACAACCUUAGUUUUAGUGAUUUAUUUAAACAGCUGUUAAUUUGAUCUCAAAUACACUUUUACAUGUUAUGUGCAUCUCUUGAUUAAGGUGUUGAUUAAGCAUUUAAUGCUUGAAAUAUUUCCAUAUACCAGAAAGAAACCUUUUGCGAUUAAAAUGUUUUUGUAAAAUUAUUUAUAUAAAAUUUAGUAAUUUCACAGUUUGCAAACAGUCUUCACUCAGUUGUACUUAUUUGUUGCCCUACUUUUUCUUGACAGAAAUUUCACUUUGAAAUGUUUGUUUUAGAGAUUUAGUGUAGAUACCAACCAUUAUUGCUAUAAAGUGCUGGUUGUGGUUAUUUUGAUUCAGUAUUCAAUUGAUUAAUUGUAAAAUCCUAUAUUUAGGUAUGUUAUUGAAUUAAGGAAUAUGAGCAGAAUUACAUCUUUAUUUAUUAUUUUAAUUAUUUUUUUCAAAUAUUUUAUGCAGCGGUCAGGCUUUUAACAUUGAUGUUUGUAUGUACAAUUGACUGCAAAGUCUCUGAACACUUCCUGCCAGAGUUCAGUGAUGACUGCAGUGAUGACUAUAGCUACCAUGAUUUAUGUGAUAUUUAAAUGAUGUUGGACAUGAAGAUGUGAUUUUUAACAAUGACUAAGAUGAAUAAA